CGUAAUAUUAGUAAGUGAGGGCGUGACACUGAAAUACACGGGAUCAGUGGCGUGGCUUGCUGAGUGUUGAUAGUCCUGUUUUAGUGAUGAGUGGUGGUGGUAUGCCCUGGAGAGCGAACUGUGUUGGUUUGGUAUAUGGUUAUCUGUGUGUCAUAAAUGUCAAUCGUAUUUAGAUCACCAAUGAAAAAGAAAGAGAGAGGGAGAGGGUAUGGCAGACGUGACAAUCAAACCAAUGUUAACUAUUUAACUUUAUAACGUAACACUGAUGAUUUCGGUUGCCCUAAUGCAUUCUGUGCAUGUUUCUCUUUCUCUGUGAAAUUGUUCUUGGAAAAUCUUAGAAAUUUUAUUUAUAAAUCAGUAAAUAGUGUUGGAAAAAAUUGUUUUGAUAUCAGUGGUUCUCAACCCCGGGGGGGUGGUGUCCUCCGUCCCCCGCCCCCAUGGCGGGGCGCGGACACUCUCGGGAGGAGGCGCGAGCAGAGGGGGGGUGUGGGACAAAUUGUAAAAGGUUGAGAACCCCUGUUUUAGAACAUUUCCAUAAAAUCUUGAAAAGAUCACACCUUUCAUUGGAGGAAGGUGUCUAGAGGAAUACAGCACCACUGACCAGGUUAUUAUGAGGUUGCCAUUGUAGCCUUUUGAUGGGUGUAAUUAAUAAAAAAAAUAAAAAAAAAACAAUGGAAACAUGAACCCUUGAGCAUUACAGGUUAAAUCAAGGAUUAUCUCUGGAAGGAAAAUAAGUAUGGAAAACAGGUAGGUAAAAAUGCAGAACACUGCCUUCAUCCCUUUCAUCUAUAUCUUCCUAUACCCAACAAGCUUGGGGACCUGGUGGGAAAAACUGGAUUUUUGUGUGGGGGAGGCCAAAAUAGGUGAGAUAUGGCAACCCAGAAAAAAUAAGAACAAAACCUGCCACUUUUGGAAAUUUCAGUAAAUUUGGACAUUCAUGAAAAAGGUCUGAUACGCCAUGUUUUAACAAGUGGGGAAAUUUCUAGCCUUACUUAUCUUUACUUUACCUAACCUAACCAGAGGGGCAAAGCCUCUCCUAGAACCCAUCCAAAUGACACUAAUCUAACCUAACUACCCAUAUAUGAAUUACUUCCUGAGGUGCAUAGGAAGCAUUCCAGAGCUCAGUCUGUGAAAGGAGUCAUACGGUGCACAUAAUUUGUGGACUUAGGUUCUGGGAGGUACCCUUGAUUUCAAUACAAAUUUAUGAGUUAACUGAAAGAGGGGCAUUGUCUAAAACUUUUACAGACAUACACUACAGUAAGUAUACUCUCUUAUUAUAUAAGUCUUUUACAGAUUGCUAAAAAGGCUGUGUUCUGCAUAUUUACAAACAGGUAUUACUGGACUUGUGAGACAGGUAUCCAGGAGGGAUUUUGCAGCAUGCAAAAUAAAGAUGAUGGGCUUCUUGACCUUCAGUUGAUGUGGACGAGUCAUGUGGAAGUCCUGCUUCAGGUCAUGCAAGCUCUGCGGCACAAGGAAGUCUUUGCAGAUGCCACACUAAUAUGUGGCAACAAACGCUUUGAAGUGCACCAGUUCGUCCUGAGCACCUGUAGCUUAUACUUAGAAACACUCUUCAGAAUCAGCCCUGGCGACCACCCCGUGUUAAUGUUUCCUGAUGCAUCACCCACAGCAAUGGAACAACUGCUGGACUUUAUGUACUUAGGACAAACUGAUCUGACUUCAGCAGAGCUUGAUCAGCUUCUUGACCUUGCUGAAGAUCUGAGAAUUAUAGGAUUGAUGCACAGCAGCAGCAAGUCACAUAAUCAGAGCCAAACCACAAUAAAUCAGGAAGUCAAGAAAGAGAAAGCAGUUGUUAAUAAGAAUAAAAGUGCGACUAGUGUUAAUAAAAGCAGAAGUGCAGCUGCUGCCAAAAAAACACCAAAGAGAGUCACAAAGAUAAAGAGCCAGACCUCUUCAGUAAACCAAAAAGUCAUAAAGGAUCAUGCACUUGCCAGCAAGGAUCAAGGCAAAGCUAGUGUUGAUAGGAGCAAAGGUGCACCUACUGGGGGAAAAAGACCAAAGAAGACCACAGAGAAAAAGAUUCUGCAAGACAAUGAAAAGAAUACUUCAAUGAAAUCCAUCAGUGCUAAGGAGUCAGAGAAAAAUAAAGAGGAACAAAUCCUUCAUGUCUGCAAAAUUUGUCAACAAGAAUUUAAAACUGCAGGACUCCACAAAGACCACAUGAAGCUUCAUUAUGAAAAAUGUUUACUUUCUUGUCCAGAAUGUCCAUUCAAAGCACUUAGUUCAGCAGUAAUGAAUCAACAUAUAAACAAGCAUUCCAUGGGAAAGCCAUACAUUUGCCCUCAUUGUCAGUUACGGCAUCCACUCAUAGAGCUUCAUAUCGCACAUCAGAAAAGAAAUCAUCCCAAAAUGGAAGUUGUUGUGAACAAGUCACCAGUACUAAAGCUAGAAGAAAAUAUGGAUACAGGACAUGAACCUAGAAAUGACCACUCUGUAAAACAUAUAAAUCAGUCGUCAUGGUCUCAUGUAUCUUUAGCAUCACUUCUUGGACCUGUCCAGCAAACAGUCUCUCUAUCUUCCAAUGGCCUAAAUUAUGACAGUUCUGUGCUUAGUCAUGCUGAAGUCCACUAUGAGAGACAGGAUUCUGUAGUAAAAACUGAAAUGCCACUACAGGCAGAGCCUGUGGCAAAGACUGAAAUGCCACUACAUGCAGAGCCUGUGGCAACGACCAAAAUGCCACUACAGGCAGAGCCUGCUUCAGAGAAUGAAAUGCCACUACAAACAGAGCCUGUCUCAAAGAAUGAAAUGUCACUACAGGCAGAGCCUGUGGUAAAGACUGAAAUGCCACUACAGGCAGACCCUGUCUCAAAGAAUGAAGUGUCACUACAAGCAGAGCCUGUGGCAAAGAUUGAAGUGCCACCACAAGCAGAGCCUAUCUCAAAGAAUAAAAUGUCACUACAGGCAGAGCCUGUGGCAAAGACUGGAGUGUCACUACAGGCAGAGCCUGUGGCAAAGAUGGAAAUGCAACUAAAGGCAGAACCUGUGGCAAAAAUUGAAAUGCCACAACAGGUGGAGCCUUUGGCAAAAACUGAAAUGUCACUGCAGACUGAAAUGUUACUGCAACCACCAAAAAAGACAAGCUCAGAGUUGUCAACUUUGCGAUCUACAGAUUCUUUUACUCUUUCUACAAGUCCUUCAGUAUCAUCAACUAGCAUCACAAAAGGUGGCAGAAAGCGCAAGUUCUCAGCUUUAGGUGGAAAAGUGGGUAGUAAACAUCCUUGUUCAAGGAUGUCUGCAUUUAGUUCUCACUAUCCAGACACCAUUAUACGCAGGAAGAGUCCAAGACUUAAUAGGGAAAAGUCAUGAUCAACACAAAAAACAUAGUAAUUAGUUUUUAUUUAUUUUUUAUUAUUUUUUUUAUUAUUUAUUUUUAUUUAUUUUUAUUUUUAUUUAUUUAUUUUUUUUUUUUUAUUUAUUUAUUUUUUCUCUUGUUCAACCCUGAGUGUUCAUGGUUAUAGGAUCUUUUUUUUCCACCAGUGAACUUUUGUAAUACUACAUUAAUGCAUCAACAUUAGGAUCUCUCUCUCUCUCUCUCUCUCUCUCUCUCUCUCUCUCUCUCUCUCUCUCUCUCUCUCUCUCUCUCUCUCUCUCUCUCUCUCUCUCUCUCUCUCUCUCUCUCUCUCUCUCUCUCUCUCUCUCUCUCUCUCUCUCUCUCUCUCUCUCUCUCUCUCUCUCUCUCUCUCCAAACACUAAGUGCCUCAAUAUUUCUCAGCUCUUACUGAGAGUUGCUGAUGAAGUUUCUUUAGUCAUGAUAUGCUACAUAAGCUGUUUCACAGACAGGAUGUGAAUACUUUUCUUUUUACAAACAAAUCUUCACUGAAUCACAACAGAUAUGUUUGGUAGUAGGAGAGAAGUAGAAUAGCAACUCCUUAAAGCUUACAAGGAAAGUACCACAAUGGCUGUGGAUACCGAUUGAUUCUGGCAUGUGGAAGAUAGACAGAAUAUGUAGAUUAUGUUGGAACAUCCUUUUAUUGGUGGUGAUGUGAGAUCCUUGGACUCCACCAUGUGCCUUGAAUACCUCAUGUAAGGCAUACUCCUUAUGGAAAAGUGUGAAGUCUAUCAGAUGAGUAACAAGAUAAAAGAGAACAUUUUCUGUAUCUAAAAGUUCAUGAUUCUUAAAAGUUUCUUAUUAUGAAUCUUGUUCACUUGCCACUUUUGCAGUCAUUAUCUUCAAAUAUCACAAACUGAAAUCACUGAUAACUGCCAUAUUUUGACAAGAAGGCAUCUAAGAGCAAUGUAGUGCAAUGCUUCAAAUGUGUUGUUGGAUUAUGACAUAAUAAUUGGUCCAUUUGCUUAUACAGCAGCAAUGUAGACCAAGUGAUUCCAGAAUUCAUGAGGUGGUCAUCUGGGCAGACCACAUGUGAUGUGGAUGUGCAACAUAGACUGGAGUGAGAUGGUUUGUUUGUAAGUUGCCAAAGCAUGUAGAGCAGUAAGUCAUCUUUUUAACUUGUCUUCUUGAGUGACUUUUUUUUUCUGUGAAAGUGAAUGAGGCAUGGUAGUAGUUCUAGAAAUGUGCAAAAAGGAGCUCUCAUUUCAUAAUUAGAAAAAAAAAUAAAUAAUGCUGGCCUUUGAAGAACAGAUUUAUUCACUUUGCAUGAACAUAACCCCAGCUGCAGUGACAUCUGGAGUGGCUGUAAUUGGCUUAUUUUCUUUCCCAGCAUUAGUCUAAGAUAACAGCCAAAACUUGGAAGGAAUUGCAUAUAUGGGUGAUUUACCAAAGUGGCAUACUUGUGGUGAUGAGAGAGAAAUUUAUAUGUAAUUUAACUCUGUAAUUCAUGAACUUAAUAGACUACCAUCUAGAAUAAGUAAUCCUUAAUUUUACAACCUCACUAUCAGAACAUUCCUCAUCCACUCCUAAGUGCAGAAAUGGAUUCUUGCAUCACUAAGAUAAAAGCAAAUAUUGUUUCCACUGGUUCACAAUAUACUUGCAUCACCUUACUCUACACAGGGUAAAAAUCACAAAGGCUAAAUGAAGGCUACAGAACAGUUGAGGAACUAGCUAGUAGCUGGCUUGAUUUUGUAACUCCAAAUUCAUCUAGCCUUAAACAACCAUCUUUUUACUCCAGCACACACACUGCAUCUUUGCUGUAAUAUGAUAUUUUUAUCAUGAAUCAAACUUAAUGCCUCAUUUAUCUACACCAGUGUUUCUGUUUUUAUUAGUAGCUAUAGACCUGUGUUAAGAAUUGGCAGAAUAUUCAAAAAGGAAAAUUUCUUUCCAUUAUUUUGUUUGAAAAGAUAUGCAGAUAUUAAACAUAAGAAGUAAUAUUUUAAGUUACUUUUUAUAUUAAUUUUGUUGUUUUGUUUAUUGAAACUUGUGUAAAAAGAUCAUCGGGAAAAUGAAAAUUAAUGAUCAUACUCUUUAAUUAUUUACUUUAUUAUGAAUACUGUAAGCAGAUAUACUCAGGAUAACAUUUGGAUGUUAAUUUUUGCAGUUUAUUUGCAAGAUGUAUGCAUAGAGAUGCAAUCAUUAAUUGUAUGUACAAGAUUCCAUAUAAUUUUCAUAGUUUAGAAAAAUGUCUUAAUUGAGUUGACAAGCCUGCUAAAUUUCACAAAGCUGUGUGUGUGUGUGUGUGUGUGUGUGUGUGUGUGUGUGUGUGUGUGUGUGUGUGUGUGUGUGUGUGUGUGUGUGUGUGUGUGUGCGCAUGGAUACUGCAUGUGUGCUAUAAUGUACAGCUAUUAGCUUUUCUAAAAUUUUUGUAAAGCUUAAAGCAUUACAGAGCUUAAAAUCUGUGAUAGCAUGAGUGGAUGAAGUAUUAGAUAUUUGCCCAAUACACAGUGGAUUCACAUUUGCACAAUGUGCCCCAACUGAACUGAAUCAUAGUUUACAAUUACUUUAUUGGAAUGUAAUUCCUUUAUACAUAGUUCAAAGGCAGGAGUACUUUGCUCAGCAUAAAGUACAGUGUGCACAAAAUUUGCUGAGCAAAAUUAAUUUAAGAACCUAAUGGUGGUUUUGGGUGAGGGUCAAGUGUAUGCACACACACACACACACACACACACACACACACACACACACACACACACACACACACACACACACACACACACACACACACACACACACACACACACACACACUAGAUCUCAUGACAGAACUACUCAGUGAUAUGAAUAAUACAAUAAUUUUCUUUAUUUUAGGAUUUAAUGAAGAUGUAUGGAGGUUAAGCAAAGUACUUGAGAUUCCCUUUGUGGCAUUUGAUGAAGUUCUUUAACAUGUUGUAAUGUGAUAUGAGGUAUCUUUGAUAAGUUGCUUUAGGAUUUCAAUUUUCAAUCGAAAACUCAUUUUCCUUUGAUUCAUGUAUGAAGAGUUUGUGUUACCCAUAAAGAAUAUUUGUAUAUGUUGCAAUUUUGUCAAAAUAAGCUAUAUAUAUAUAUAUAUAUAUAUAUAUAUAUAUAUAUAUAUAUAUAUAUAUAUAUAUAUAUAUAUAUAUAUAUAUAUAUAUAUAUAUUACAUUCCUUAUUUUUAGAGAUUUUUCUAUCCUAAAACAGGUACAAAUAAUUAAUUUUUCAUAUUAAAUGUGUAGAAAAUAAGUAUCAUAGCAUUAUAAGAGUUACAAGAUGGAAACUGGGAUGUUGCUCAGGAAUGUACUACAUCUCUCAUUUAAUAUCUCACUAGUUGUCCCAAAUGUCAUGCAGAAAUAUAUCUUUAUGCUGUAUCCAGGCUUACACACCACUUAUUAUAAGAUAUUCAUGGUAUUAAAGUAAUAAAAGCCUAAAUGCUAAGAUAUCAGGGAAUGCCUGGGAAUAUGAAUAUUAUGUAUGAAGAUGCCUUUUCUCAACAUGCACCUUUCAGAGAGGAUUUAUGCGUGGCAUGUAGGUAGAUAUAAAUAAAGCAUGAUUUUUAAAGUAAA